UUACUUGCUAACAUCUAUCUAAUGUCAAAAAUCAUUUUAUCACUAACCUCGCUUGAAAACAAAACAAAAGGUGUUGAGAUGGAAUUCAUUGUUAAGGAAUUAGGUUUUAAUAGUAAAAAUAUAUUUCCAACAGUUUCGACAGACCUUUGUGCUGUGGUUGUACAUAAUACUUGGUUGAAGAAGUGGUUGAAAAACUUGGAAGUUGAUAAUUCUGUGAACAGUGUUGAUUUUAUUACCCUACAACCUGGUGAAAGUGUACCCUAUCCGUUCAGGAAAAUAUUUAUUAGGGUGUUGAAUAAAAAAGCCUCCAAGGUCCUACCACUGCCUCGGUAUAAACUGAAUGAUGGCACCACUGAACUACCUCUCACAUUCUCACAGCUCCUGCAAUAUGUGUCACAGAAUAACCAAAGAAAUCUGUGGAAAGAGUCCUACAAAAAAUACUGCCAAAAUGACUCCAACAGCAAAGAGAGCACUAUUGUUAAUUUGUUAGAGCAUGAUCAGCUGUUAUCUGAAGUAUUAUUUCGAUUGUAUGGAUGCAAUAUCAUUAGGAUUAAACAUGAUAGUUCUGGCAAGCUCGUAGAAUACAAAGAGAUAGCACCAAAUAAAUAUGUUUCUAAAUCAUAUGAAACCCAUGUCAAUUUGUUAUCAGCUUUAUUCAUAUUAGAGACUGACAAUAACUACUUUGUAAUAUAUGGUGGGCAUUAUGAACAUAGUUUAUUAGACUGUUUGAAUUUCAGCCCUCAUUUGGUCGAUAUGAAUUAUGGGCGUGGAUUGUUCCUCACAUACCAGUUGUUGCACAUGGCCAAGGCAACGGGUGACAGAGGUCUGAGCUUAGGCAAUCUGACAUUGCAAGAUAUCUAUUUGACAGAAAACUUGUGGCUGCAGAUCUUGCCUCUAGUUACAAACAACAUUCAUUGUUUGGAUGCCUCUCUUAUACAUGAGAAUAAGAGUAAGCAGACUACUCCAGUAGUGUCUAGCAAUAGCCAGAGUCAAGCUAAGAAGGAGGAGUGGUGUUGGAGAAAUGAUGCUGUCCAGUUAGAAAAACUGUGCAUGCUGUGGGUCCGGGGAAGGAUAUCAAACCUGGACUACUUGUUGCACCUCAACGCGUUAGCUGGGAGGAGUGCCGAUGAUCCCCAGGCACAUUUCAUGGUGCCAUGGGUGACCGAUUUUGCAUCUAGAUGUGGGCGGAACUGGCGAGACCUCUCCAAGUCAAAGUACCGCUUGAACAAAGGCGAUCGCCAGCUGGACAUGACUUAUGACGUCGGAAGUUGCUCAGAACAAAUCCCGCACCACGUCUCUGACGCACUAACUGACAUCACAUGCUAUGUCUACUUAGCUAGGAGGACCCAAAAAGAAGUGCUAUGCAAAUAUGUAAGAAACAAGUGGGUCCCAGCAGAGUACCCUGCGUCAAUCCAGCGUAUGCAGGAGUGGACGCCUGACGAAUGCAUACCUGAAUUCUACACUGAUCCUACUGUGUUCAAGAGCAUACAUGAAGAUUUGCCGGAUUUAGGGAUACCCUCAUGGGCGACGUGUGCCGAAGACUUCAUCACAAAACACAGAGAAGCACUGGAGUCUACUCAUGUUUCUGAAAAUCUACAUCAUUGGAUCGACAUCACGUUUGGUUACAAGCUGUCUGGUGCAGCAUCUAUCAAGGCAAAGAAUGUAUGUCUAUCGCUGGUGGACGGCCACACGGUGCCUCGCAAGGGAGCCAUGGCACAGUUGCUGGCGGCACCGCACCCGCCGCGAACGCCGCGCCCGCUGCCGCCGCAGCCGCCGCGGCUUCACUGGACUGCGCCUAGAGACUCCAGAAAAUCCAUCAAACCGGAGAGUUCUGAAGAAAUAUCCGACGAAGAGGAAGAAUCUACCAGCCUCCCCCAACACGUGUCUCGACUCAGCGUUCCUCCCCAAAGAGUGCGCUCUCGGCAUAAGAGCGGCAGCCGCGCCCGAUCCCUCUCCAAAACCCAAAGGCACGAAGACUCGCAGGCGUCCACCGAAGCCCGGGCCUCCUCGCACUCCAGGCAUUACAGGGUCCAACGCUCCGAACUCGGCAAAGGAGUCAUCUAUCUCCCGAAAGAAUUCAACCCGGUGGCCUCCAUACAAGCUCUCGAAGCGCUGGACAAUUUCAGGACCAAAUGCUUCUUCAGCAAAGCGGAGGACAAAGAAAAGUCCAAAGAAACUGUUACUGCCCUCAACCAUUUCCCUAUGCAGCAAGAAGUCAGGAAAACGCCAAACGUCAGUGUAUCGAGCAUUGAUGGGUCUGACGAUACAGCGUUUACCAACCACAUGUUCUUGGCCUCGUACGACCAAAAUUACCUAAAGAAGUUUAGCCAAGAUGCUCAUUUAGAAAAUGUUUUAAAGGAAAGGAAAAACAGAUCGUUUAAUCCAAGAUACACGACCGAUGCUGCGAUAUACAAGCAGUUUGUGACGGAGAGUCGAAGGCAGGACAUGUUGGUAAUAGGGUGCCUUAUUGUAGAAAUCUUCCUUCAUCAGUACAUACGUCCAUUGAGAAGUACUAGUAAUAAUUUCAUGGAAAGAUAUAAUAGCUGUCGGACAGUCUUGAAGUAUAACUUCAGCACGCUGCCGAAAUGUGUUACUUACGUAGCAUCUUUAUUACUGAACGUUCAGCCUCCAAGUUUGAGUUUUAAAAACGAGCUUGUGCCAAAAGAGGAACCGUUGAAAAAGAUCGUCGUCACUGACAAAGGGCUCCCACCACCGACUGCAUCUCAGUUGCUUCAACCGUUACUAAUGCAACAUCUGAUACCAUUCCCACAAAGUUUCAACACCCUGUACAAACUCCUCAGUACCCUACAUGAAUACGAGUUGACAAGUAACGAACUAAACAUCUUAUACAUGUACGAAUGCGAUGGAAUACAAUGUGAAAAGUACCAAAAUGUCGACAAAACCAAAUUGUAUUUCAGCCAAAGAAUAGCAGAAGGCAAAAUACAAGCGUGCGCGUCGCAUUUGGACGUUCUCUUGUGCCAAAUAAACUCGUACAGCCAAUUUGACGUGCUAGACAUCUUUCUGACUCAUUACAUAGAGCUCUUGAAGAAUAGAGAUACAUCAGUGUUAGCUGCUUGGUAUUUGUUCGAUACAGUAAGCAAAGCAUUGGGGCCAGAAGCCACGAAGAAAAAGCUUUUGAAGCACAUCCUGAAUCUGUACGAAGAUGACGAUCUCAUGAUGGAGAAAUCAGAGCACAAACUAACAGACAUCGAUUCUGGUUCAAGUUCUACCGGAUCGUCUGGUAAACAGAAAUUCGUCAAAUUGUACCACAACAUCUUUUUACUGCAACUGAUGGUGAGACUUGGCCUUCAAUGUUUUCUAGAUAAUUUCACUCAGCAUUUAGUGGAAGCGGUAGGUGGAUAUAAAGACGAUAGCACGGAAGCCGUAUCUCCGGGUCACAUUUGCCACAAUCGAUUGACAAUCAAUAAGAAACCUAGGUACUCCGAUGAUAACGUCAAAAAUGCCUUGUCCACAACUACUGAUAUAUUCUCACCUGACACGUCGUAUGGUUCGGAGCACGUAGCGACGCCGAGUGUAGAAAAGAGUGUAGUUGAAGUUAGCGAAGUGUUGAAAGAGAAGGACAGCGAUACAAGAAGUGAAAAUGAGCUGUUUCAUUUUGAAACUGAUAAGGAGAGACUGCCGAGUCGUAACAGCAGAAGUAAAUCGCCUGCCGAAUCGAUUGACUCGUGCAAUUCGAAUCCUGCGCAUGAAUCGACGGUACACACUCCUUCGCCUUCGACUGAAUACUCUUCGCCGGCAUCCAAGCAGUAUUUUACAAGCUCAGCGAAUUCAAAAGAUGUCAGUGUGGUAAUCACCGAAAAUGAGGAGAUUCAAGAUACUCCAAAAAAAGCUCCGAUGUCACCUACCAUAGAUAUUCCAUCCAAACCGAUGUUUACAAGUUAUUUGCAUUUCGCGGAAGAAGAUUCUAGAACUGACGAUUUGGAAGUGCGGAAGGAUUCUCACGCGCGUCAAGUCAAAAGUUUGGAAUUCAAUAGGAACUUGGAAGUGUUUCCUGCGAGCACUUCGCGUAGUUUUAAUGACGUGGAGUGCAGCGAGGCGUAUAAAGACUCGACUCCUUGCAAGAUAUCGGAUAUGAGUUCGGAGAGCCUCAUCUGGCUGGCUCACAGGCUCGGUCCGGUGUUGACCUGUAGGUAUAUUACGAGGAAUUUGCUCAAGAUGUUGACUUUGUGUUAUAUCGGGAAAGAUAACCUCACUCUGUGCGAGGGAGACGAGAGGGAUGAGUUUGACGAGAUAUCUGUGAUAAACAGCCGGGUGGUUGGCGAUAGAAACGCGAUGAAAGUUAUUAAGUGCCUCACUGCCAUUGUAGCAAUGUACGGGGAACAGCUUAUAAUAUUCCAAUACCUGCCGCACAUGGGUGAGCUGAUAGCGUCUUGUCGCCGCCGGCUGUCGGCGCCUCUGGAAGGCGGCGUGGUGGCGUGCCUGCAGCUCGUCAAGUACCUGCUGCCUUACAUGUCCGACGUCAAGGUCAUGGAGCAGUUGCUGGACACAUUCCUGAAGUCCAUCCUGCAGCCAGCGCUGCGUCUGGCGUCCACCAGCCGGUCUUCUUACCCCAGUGGCGCGGCGGCGCGCGGCGCGCUGGCCCGCAAGCUGCUGGGCGCGCUGCACGCGCUCGCGCUGCGCGUCGGGCCCGAGAUGACGCGCCGCCAUCUGUGCGUGCACGCCGUGCAGCGGUUUUUCUUGGCAUUUGACAAAGCGACGGGGAAAACAGAAAACUGGCCCAAACAAGACGAAGUCAAUGCUGAUAAGCCACCGGAGGAUUCCGCCGAGGCUCGGUCGGAGGGUUUCUUAGAGCUGUGCCGCGACGGGUCGACGGUCGAGUGGACGGUGCGCGAGGGCCGCGUGCAGCGCGCCGACCUGCCCGACCUGGCCUGCACGCCGCCGGCGCCCUGCGACCGGAUCCCCGACCCCGCUGUGCUUACGGCCCAAGAAGAACUGCUCAUGGUGUUUGACGACGAGCUGGCGUACAAAGCCUACACGACCUUCAGCAAGUUUGUGGGAACAGACGCUAUGGAGCGCUGCCUCAAGAACAGCGACACUAUACGAGCGCUUUGUCGCAAAUAUGAGCAGAACCACUACAUCAGUUCACCGCUCAUAUCCCGCCCGGAGAAACGCGUGCAAACCUCAUUCAGUGACGAGCCUAUCAGCCGGAAGAGCAUAGACAUUACUCCCACGAAACCUGACCUGGUCAUGGACCACAUGUCAAGCUCCAACAGCUUCGGUUCCAACGUAACUCUAGUUGGGAACCGAAUAGAUGUCGCUACGGAAGCGAGCGCGGGCGCAGCGGGCGUGGGACACGGUUUUGAUGUCGUGGCGUGCAAGAUGGACAAUGGGAUCAAGAGCAACAGACACCUCCGCGGCGACUGGCUCAUCUACUGGGAGCACGAGAUCGGGCGGCCCGAUAAAGACACGCGCUUCAACCUCAAGCAGAUCAAGCUGCAGACGUUCGCGGGCCACGCGGCCGCCGUCAAGUCGCUACACGCGCUCGACAACGAGCAUAGCUUCAUGAGCGGCUCGAAGGACAAGUGCGUGCGUCUGUGGUCGCUGCGAAACCAGGGCGACGGCAACGCAACUACACAAUGCAACUGGACGUACACGGGCCACAAAAAAGGCGUGCUGUCGCUAGCCUUCCUGGACUCGCUGCGGCUGGCCGUCUCUACUGAUUCUGUGGUGCACAUAUGGGAUCCCUUUAUGGAGAGUGUGGUGUCUCAGUUGGACAACAUAAAGUGUCCCGUGAGCAUAGUGCGGACGCUGGGCGACGCUUCCGCGACGGUGCUGGCUGCUACUACAGACGCCACUCUCAAGUUCAUCGACGCCCGGGCCUGCAACUACACGCAUGACUUGAAGCUGCCAAUGAGCACGACCACGCUAGUCCGCUGCCUGUGCGUGUGCGCAGCAGGCGGCUGGGCGGCGUGCGGGCUGGCCAGCGGACACGUGGCCGUGCUGGACCUGCGCGCCGGCCACGCGCGGGCGCACUGGCGCGCGCACGACGGGGAGGUGCUUCGCCUCGCCGUGGUGGACGAGCACAGACUUCUGAGCUCGGGGCUGGACCAGGUCACGGCGCUGUGGCGCCCCGACGACGGAGAGCUCAUCGCGCAUCUCAAAGGCAGCACAGAACCCGUCCAUUGCCUGUCAGUGUACUACAAUGAGCUGAUUUCAGGCACCACCAACAACCGUAUAGGCGUCCACACCUCCCUUGACCAGGAGGCUUCGUUCUCCAGCACCAAGCUAAGGUCAGACACCUUCAAGGGAGUGCUCACUUGCAUGGCAGUGCUGCCGCUAAACAGGCUCUUACUACUCGGAAGCGAUAACGGCACUAUCAGCUUACUUUGUUGAAGGAUAAGGAUGAGAUUCGAUUAACACAUUCGGAACGAUAAGGAUCAACCGCAACGCGUAUUUAAUUUAUUUUGACAGAAGUGAAGGUAAGUUGUUUUUUAUUAUUAUUCAAGUUAUUUAGUGUGAGUUACUCAGUAAGAUUUAAAUAUAUUUAGUUUUGUAUAUUGUAGUGCAUGUAAAAAUAAGACGGCUAUUAAGCAUAUUUUAAGUUUAUAUUACCUUUUUUAUUGUUACCAAAGUUAUAUUAAUGUAAAAUUAUUUGAAUACUCGAAUCAUUAUGUAUUGACGAAUAUUUUUUUUGUUGAAAACUUGUAAUUCCUAAUCUUCUGUAGGCGAUCUCAAUUUGUAUGUUAUUAAUUUUAUUGUAUCAUAAGAUCAGAUUUUAUUUUAAGGCAUAAUAUUUUACGAAAUACUUAAUUUUACUUGUAAAAAUGUAAUUCCAAACUUAGAUUAUAGUAAAAUUGUACAAUAAUCGUAAUGUAUAAUCUUUUUAUGUUAACUUCAUAAGUAUUAAACAGAAAUGCCUUUAAUACAGUAUCUAAUACAUAAUAUAAAAUAUAUAAACGAUUAUUCACUAAAUAAUGACAGCGAACAUUCCAUAUUAUUUUCUUUUUAAAGUAUUUUACGUUUUAUAAAUUAAUAUUUGUAUACCAUGUUUAUACGAACGAAUACCAUAGUAAUUAUACAAGAAUAUAAUAUAAUUAGAAAUAGAAGGCUUUAUGUUAAUAAUCACAUUAUAGUUAAAGUACAAAACUAAUGUUACCACUAAGAAAAUACUAUCAAUUAAAGAUAUUAAUAAUCAUUAAUUUAAAAAAAAGUCACAAUCUUCAAUAUUUUACUACAGUUUAAUACCAAAAGAAU